AUGCACCAGCACAUCUCCCGGCCACAUGCAAGCCCCAUGCCCCACUCCUCGGUGGACUCGAGAGGCCGUGCCGCCUACCAUUGCACCCGAGUCUCGGAUAUUCAUCCAUCGGCGGUAAAGUAAUUACUCUUGACGCAGAAUCUCAUCUGUUCUAAGAAUUUCUCCCUACAAUCCCAUAUUCCCUUCUUCCAUGUUAAGAGUCAUUUUUGAUAAAAGCUCUGCUGUUUGGCACAUUUCAUUAUGCCAUUCAUUUCAGCCCACGUGAGGGCAGGCCACACAUAGUAUCAUAUGUCAUCAGAUUGUUGCAUUAUGCUAUUUUCAACCAACCAUAUAUUGGCCACCAUACUAUUUAGACUCAGACUGGCUUUCUGCCAUCAUUAUGUUCUGCCAUUAUUGUUUUUCCCUCUCUUGUUAUCUUGCUCUCUCCCUCCCUUUUCUUCCACUAAACUACUUCUCCCUCUUUCCCAUUGGUUUACUACAGCUGCCCCUCCUGCCCGGGGCUACAACCACAUCCACCUCCACGCAUGUUGCCCACCAAUCUGAAGACACCACGCUCCCGAGGUCCACCAUGAUGUCAUCCCCUGCCACCUCCACUGCCAUAUAUUCAUUCCACAACCACCAACUCAGCCCAAACCAGCUCCGGACCUGGAUUCUCACCCAGCCUCCACAGAUUAUGACCUGGCAUCCGACACAGACUUCACGUCCCUGCAGCUUCCGCUGACGGCCCAGCAGCUUCCAGCAGUACGACUCUCCCUGAACUGUACCUCCCAGCCUCUGCUGCUUCAUCCACAACCUACCCCCUCGACACCGCCAAGCCUCCAUCCAACACAGCAACUUCCUCUGCCCCACUGUCCCAACCAUCUCCUGUCUCGGCUGCGGUCCACCAGCAGAUCAUGCAGAGAAACCUCCACGUCCACGUCCCAGAGCUUCCCUGAUCUUCGGCCUUUGUCUGGAUUCCUACCGGGAUUUCCCAUGCAUGACACAGUCACCAUUUCUACCCGACCCCACGAUUCCGCCACAACCAGAUGCUAUCGCAGUCCGACCAUCUCAUACGAUCACACUCUUCGGCCUUCAACCUCCCGACGUCCUUCUACGCUGAAGCCUGUCCACCCUGUUCAUUUGGUUCACAUCAGAUUAGCCAUGACAUGCUCCUCCAUUCAAAUGGUUUGCUAAAGCUACACAUCUCCAAACUCUUUCCUCUGGCAGUGCAUUUCUGUGACAAAUUGGACACAAAUAUUGCAAAUUGCCAUGCAAAAUGUCAGAAUUGUUGCAGCGAAGUCAAGCAUUUUUGCCCGCAAAUGUAUAUUAUAAAAACGGUGCGAAAUUCUGGAGGGACUGAUUUAUUAUUAAAGACAGAAUACGAACUUGAGAUGCGUGGGGCCAGACGAAACUGUAAUCCAUGUUUUGGUUUUCUAUAAACGGCCACUACAAACUUCAGCUAACUUUAGCCACCGCUAGUUAAACAUCAAUGAAAGUGAUUUGGCCAUGAAAUUAUUAAAAGGCACUGAAUACCCCGAUCACUCCCAUAAAUGUUUUGCUAGCAGUGGCGAAAGUCAGCUGAAGUUUGUAGUGGCUGUUUAAAGAAAACUGAACCAUAGAUUACAGUUUUUCCUAGCCCAUAGACUGCUUUCAGGGUGAGGAACUAAAAUACGACCCGUUAAUGCUACAUUCUGGGAAUGCAAAGACAAAAAAACAAAAGUAUUUUUUAAAAGAAAUUAGAAGACAUAUAGUUGUAUUGAAUACCUCUCUCCAUAGUGUGAGAUGUUAUAUUAUUUACCAUAAUCUGUAGAGUUAACAGCAGUGAGUGUAUGUUCCUUAACAUGGUCUCCAGGCUCAGUGUGGUUGGAGAGAUCUGCAGAAGCAUCCUGAACAUCCUGAACUGGUACAGUGCUUGUGUUCAGGCUGGGUGUGGGUGGUGUGGCUGAUACUCCUGCUGUGGCUUGGUGGUCUGUCCCUGACAUUGGACCUAGACAAAGCAACAUGUAUAUUAAUUGAUGUAUUGAUCAGUCAAUGAGGUCUGCAUUUGUUUUAUUUUGGAGGGACUAAAUAAUGUAUGAUAAUGUGGUCCUCCAAAGAAGGAGGUAGUGGUGCUGCAAUUAAAGAAAAUAUAUUCCCUCCAUAACAACUCUUUCCCUCCAAGUUGGCAAACAUGUCUGGUUUCAAUCAAAUUUGCAUUUUAAAAUGAUUAAAGGCUCAAGCAUACAGUAUGAAUCCUGAGCUAUUUUACAGUCUGUCUUUAACUUACCAGCUAGAUCAUUCCGUUUCAUCUUCUGCAGAAUAUGGUGUGAGAUCUCCAGAGCACCAGCUUCCCCAUAGCUAUGCACCAUCUGAUCCACUGUGUCCUCUCUUUUAGCAUUUUCCAGCCUGCUAACUGGGAUGGGAGAUGAGCCAUCCAAAACAGACUGCUUCAGGUACCACUGAAAUGUCUUCAACUCCUCAUUGGUAAGUUGUUGUAGAAUAGUUAGUAACCGCUCUGGAACAGGUGUGGGUGGGGAAGGUGAUGAGGUGGCCAUUUUAAAUCACUUGGCACUAUUAAACAACAGAACAAGUCAAAGUUUUAUAUAUAACAUUCACACCUCUAUACAAAACACUAGGCUACUGUCAAUUUUGUCAAUCUGCCGUUGAAUAUGGCAUUAUUGGAGGACUGAAUAGUUUGGAGGCGCAUGUCUUUGGCAAUUGGACGAGGGGCGUUCUUUCAAAAUGGGGAUGGAUAGCCUACUCGAACAAGCAAAAUUAAGUAUGCAGCAGUGGCGGUCGGUGCCGUUUAAAAAUUAACACUACACACAGCCUCCAUCGUUGUGUCACCAUAUUAACGAACGUCAUAGUCAACAUAGUUACUAGAAAUAACACGUUAGUAAACCCGCUACAAUCAUGCAGUACAGUGUACAGUAAGCAGUUUAGCAGUUACACCGGUGGGCCCCGGUGGCAAUAAAUUAAUAAAACCAAAAGCUUACAUUGACUUGGAAGAGUUACAGUGUUGGAUAGCCAUAGCCAGCUAGCUAACAUAGCAUCUCUGCUUGAGCCGGGUGUUUGAGUAGGCUAAACUAGCUAGCUGCAUUCCCUAGCUAAGUAAGUGAAAGUAAAACAAUGAUAUAUAUAAAUAUAUUUUUAAUGCUAGCUCUCUCUCUCGCUUCUCCUUAUUUUUUGAAGUAAUUAAUUUGUUCAAAACUGUUCAACUAUUGUCUUUCUCUCUCUUUGAGUCAACUACUCACCAUAUUUUAUGCACUGCAGUGCUAGCUAGCUGUAGCUUAUGCUUUCAGUACUCGAUUCAUUCUCUGAUCCAUUGACUGGGUGGACAACAUGUCAGUUCAUGCUGCAAGAGCUCUGAUAGGUUGGAGAACGUCCUCCAGAAGUUGUCAAAAUUACUGUGUAAGUCUAUGGAAGGGGGUGAGAACCAUAAGCCUCCUAGGUUUUGUAUUGACGUCAAUUCAGAAAUUAUUCAGUUUAUCCACAUUUUGUUGCGUUACAGCCUUAUUCUAAAAUGGGUUAAAUUCAACAUUUUCCUCAUCAAUCUACACACAAUACCCCAUAAUGACAAAGCGAAAACAGGUUUUUAGAAAUAUUUGCAAAUAAAAAAUAAUACAAACAAAAACAAAAACAUAUUUACAUAAGUAUUCAGACCCUUCGCUAUGAUACUCGAAAUUGAGCUCAGGUGCAUUCUGUUUCCAUUGAUCAUCCUUGAGAUGUUUCUACAACUUGAUUGGAGUCCACCUGUGGUAAAUUCAAUUGAUUGGACAUGAUUUGGAAAGGCACACACCUGUCUAUUUAAGGUCCCACAGUUGACAGUGCAUGUCAGAGCAAAAACCAAGCCAUGAGGUCGAAGGAAUUGUCUGUAUAGCUCCGAGACAGGGUUGUGUUGAGGCACAGAUCUGGGGAAGGGUACCAAAAACAUUAUGCAGCAUUGAAGGUCCCCAAGAACACAGUGGCCUCCAUUAUUCUUAAAUGGAAGAGGUUUGGAGCCACCAAGACUCUUCCUAGAGCUGGCCGCCCAGCCAAACUGAGCAAUCGGGUGAGAAGGGCCUUGGUCAGGGAGGUGACCAAGAACCCGAUGGUCACUCUAACAGAGCUCCAGAGUUCCUUUGUGGAGAUGGGAGAACCUUCCAGAAGGACAACCAUCUCUGCAGCAGUCCACCAAUCAGGCCUUUAUGGUAGAAUGUCCAGACGGAAGCCACUCCUCAGUAAAAGGCACAUGACAGUCCGCUUGGAGUUUGCCAUGAGAAACAAGAUUCUCUGGUCUGAAGAAACCAAGACUGAACUCUUUGGCCUGAAUGCCAAGCGUCACAUCUGGAGGAAACCUGGCACCAUCCCUACUGUGAAGCAUGGCGCUCAGGACCAAAGACUGAGGCGAUGGUUCACCUUCCAACUGGACAACAACCAUAAGCACACAGCCAAGACAACGUAGGUGUGGCUUUAGGACAAGUCUCUGAAUGUCCUUGAGUGGCCCAGCCAGAGCCCGGACUUGAACCCGAUCGAACAUCUCUGGAGAGACCUGAAAAUAGCUGUGAAGCGAUGCUCCCCAUCCAACCUGACAGAGCUUGAGAGGAUCUGCAGAGAGGAAUGGGAGAAACUCCCCAAAUACAGGCGUGCCAAGUUUGUAGCAUCAUACUCAAGAAGACUCAAGGCUGUAAUCGCUGCCAAAAGUGCUUCAACAAAGUACUGAAUAAAGGGUCUGAAUACUUAUGUAAAUGUGAUAUUUCUGUUUUUUUUAUGGGGUAUUGUGUGUAGAUUGAUGAGGGGGGAAAAAAACUAUUUAAUCCAUUUUAGAAUAAGGCUGUAACGUAACAAAAUGUGGAAACAAUCAAGGGGUCUGAAUAUUUUCCGAAUGCGCUGUAUAUGGAGACUGUUUAGAACCAAAAAUGAGAUGUUAAAUACAUGUAAAAAAAUGUUUUUGCAUGUUUCCUGAUCUUUCUGAUAUCUCUCAGAUAUAGAGCCCCACAGUGGAGGUGUCAAACAGGGAAAUGGUUCCAAUCAUUUUUCCAUAGGGAAUUUUAGAAACAUUUAAAAUAAGGGCUGUGUUUCAUGUAGGCUUACCAUGGCGUGACGUUUUAAUAACCAUGUAAAUAUCUGUAGGACACGGGGACUUUUAUCAAUAUAUAUUUGGCUAUAUUUACUCUCAGAUUUGAAAAUGCUAAUUAGAAUUGUCCAUUUAAAGAAAUUUUGCCAUUACAUAGUUAAUCCAGAGAUUCUUACCUUUCCCUCGAUUCGGCAGUCUCGUCCAGAUCAUCAUGGCAUUUGCAGUUCUUUAUGAUAUCCAUUUUAGCAGCAAAUUAGCAUUUCAUUUUGUGGGGGUAAAUACAGCCUUGAUACAAAUCACCUUGUCCUAGAGAGAUUUACAUGGUUAUCCAAAUGUCACACCAGGGUAAGCCUACACGAAACACAGCCCUAAUUUAAGUGUUUCUAAAAUCCCCUGUGGGAAAAAUUAAUGGUGGAAAUAAGAUUGGAACCAUUUCCUUGUUUGACCGCUAGUUUUUAUAGGUAUUAUGACUCAUACUGUGGUACUCUAUAGGUCAGACACUUUUUUUUGUGGGGGGACUAUCUGUUAUACAAUGCAUUUGUAUGGGCUAAUAGCCCAUUCCCCCCUUUUAGACAGGGUUUAGACUGUAAUGGGUUAACAGUUUAAGGAACAAAGAGUAAGAUGGGGAACUUUAUGUUUUUGUCUUUUUGCAAACUGUGGUAAGAGGCAUGUAAGCCUACUAUAAUGAACAGACACAUUAUUCUCUCUUCUCUAUAAAUCAGUAUAUUCUGUUUUAUCUUUGAAAUUGUCUCAAGAUACUGUAUGUUUACUAUAUAAAACCAUCACUCACUUUAAGAAGCAGUAUUGCUUACCCUGAAAUGGAACACAACUAGUGACAAACAUUUGAAUCUUGUCAUAUUUUGCGGGAACAUACCUGAGAGUCUUAGCUUUCAGGAAUGGGGUCAUAUAGUAAUAGCCCAAACCGUUCAAACGCUAGGUCACAGCAAGUAAAACUGGCUGAGAGGAAAUCAAGGGGGUUUGGGGGAUUUGUCCGCAAUGUCGAGUCCAUGGGUGAUGAACAAAUAACACACAUGUAAAGCUCUGAUUUAAAAAAAGUUAAUCAAUCAGAAGUCAAAGUGUUCCAUUCAGUAGUGGUUCAUUUUCUCUUCAGGUAAUAUUGAGUAACCUCAAUCGGGGAAAUGUGAGCUGGGUUCCACAAUUUUAAUCAAUAAUAUGUACAAAUCUAUAUUUUGUAAGUAUUACCUCUGUCUUGCUCUGUUAGUAAUGUUCAAUUUUACUUACUUAAUUCUCUCUUCUCUUUAAAGCAGCAUAUUCUGCCUCGGUUGUCUCAAAAAUAACCACCCUACCAGGAAAUCACUAUAAUCAGGAAGCAGAGCUCACAGUCUUUAAAGUUGUCUUGUCAUGAGAUUUAGGGUGUUUUCACACUUGGUCCUUUUCAGCCAAUUUCUGUGAACGUUAUUAAGAGUAUUGCACCUUUUCUUGAUUUCUCAUUGUCAGUCCAUAAAUACAUAUGAAAUAAGUCACUGGUGAGUUGUUUUGUUUUCCAUGGGUGAUACAGUAGAUCAUAUCAAUAUACAUGGAGUAUACAAAACAUUAAGAACACUUGCUCUUUCCAUGACAUGGACUGACCAGGUGAAUCCAGGUGAAAGCUAUGAUCCCUUAUUGAUGUUAAAUCCACUUCAAUCAGUGUAGAUGAAGGGGUGGAGACUGGUUAAAGAAGGGGUUUUAAGCCUUGAGACAAUUAAGACAUGGAUUGUGUAAUGUGUGCCAUUCAGAGGGUGAAUGGGCAAGACAUAUGAUUUAAGUGCCUUUGAACGGGGUAUGGUAGUAGGUGCCAGGCACACUGAUUUGUGUCAAGAACUGCAACGCUACUGGGUUUUUCAGAGUCCAUGCCCCGACGAAUUGACAUAUUGAGGCUGUUCUGAAGGCAGAAGGGGGAGGUGCAACUCAAUAUUAGGAAGGUGUUCCUAAUGUUUGGUAUACUCAGUGUACAUAUUUAGAUUGUCAUUGGAUCAGUUUGGCUGUUACAAAUACAUUAGCACCAGCUACAUGCAGUAAUACUGAACUAAAUGAGUGUAUACCUCUUUCCAUUACAUGAGCUUAUCAUGGACAACAAGGUGUGGUGCUGCUAGCUGGUGUCCAAUGGGAGAUAAUUAGCAUCUUACCUGGCUGUGGCCGUUUCUAUAGAAACACCUGGGAGCAGGUGGAGAGGAGAGGCUCACCUUCCAGCCUUGGCGAAUGGCAAACACAGGGAAUUCCCUCCAGUAUAUCUCUGUCAGUACAUAGGGACAUCAUCAUACAGUGAUCAUGCUGCUUCAUUAAAGAGUAGAGCUAAGGAGAAAAUAGGAGAAUGCACUGUAGGACCAUUGGAAAAGUUACUACAGUGUUUCUCAACCUUUUAUAGUGCCAAGGACCGGCAAGCUAGAUUGUUUCCUCCUUUAGGGAAAACUUACAUUUAAACUAGCACAAAAAAAAUGACAAAAUCAGCAUCAGCUAGCUGAACAUCUCAGGGACUGCUAAGCAUCAUCCCAGGGACCAGAGCUGGUACUUGGGCCGGAGGUUGACAAACACUGGGCUACCUGACUACAGGAAGUUGUUGGUGUGUUUGAAAAGCAGGAAUGUUGUUGAACACAGCCUCACCUCGGAAGUCUUUUAGCGUCCCCAUUAACAUCAACCUGCAGGGUGCACGGAGGCGACAGACACGGUGAGACACAGGGGUUACCUAGCCUGAUCCCAGAUCUGUUGGUGCUGUCUUGCCAAUGACCCUAGGAGUUGGCAAGACAGCACAAACAGGUCUUUAAGUAAUCCCUAACCUGAUCCCAGACAGUCUGGGACCAGGUUAGGGAUUACCUAAAUAAAUAAUGUUUUUGAAUUCAAUUGAAGAUACAAUGGGUGGGGAAUAGUGAAACUGGAAGGUGGGUGAGCGAAACUGUACAUCAAAGCCCCCUUUCUGUCUGGCAUAUAUAUAUGUGUGUGUCUAUGUGUAUGUAUGUUCUGUAUAGACAGUAUGGACAGUAUAUGAAUAGAAUAGUAUAUGUACAGCAUUAGUUAUAUAGGAUGAGCCAUGACUAGAAUACAGUAUAUACAUAUAAAGUGAUCAGUGUUCAAUGUCUCUAUAUACUGUACAUGAGACAGCAGUCUCUAAAGUGCAGAGUACCAGGCGGUGGCCGGCUAGUGACAGUGUCUAAGGUGCCGGGCAGAGUACCAGGCGGUGGCCGGCUAGUGACAGUGUCUAAGGUGCCGGGCAGAGUACCAGGCGGUGGCCGGCUAGUGACAGUGUCUAAGGUGCCGGGCAGAGUACCAGGCGGUGGCCGGCUAGUGACAGUGUCUAAGGUGCCGGGCAGAGUACCAGGCGGUGGCCGGCUAGUGACAGUGUCUAAGGUGUCGGGCAGAGUACCAGGCGGUGGCCGGCUAGUGACAGUGUCUAAGGUGCCGGGCAGAGUACCAGGCGGUGGCCGGCUAGUGACAGUGUCUAAGGUGCCGGGCAGAGUACCAGGCGGUGACCGGCUAGUGACAGUGUCUAAGGUGUCGGGCAGAGUACCAGGCGGUGGCCGGCUAGUGACAGUGUCUAAGGUGUCGGGCAGAGUACCAGGCGGUGGCCGGCUAGUGAUGUUUGUUCAACAGUCUGAAGGCCUGGAGAUAGAAUCUGUUUUUCAGUCUCUCUGUCCCGGCUCUGAUACACCUGUACCGUCUCCGCCUUCUAAGUGGUAGCAGGGUGAACAGCCCGUGGCUCGGGUGCUGUCCUAUGACACCGGGUGCUGUAGAUGUCCUGGAGGGAAGGCAGUGUGCCCCCAGUGAUGCAUUGGGCUGACCACACCACUAGGACUCUGGCGGUCAUUACAUUUUGUCAGCUGGUAACUGUCGGUCUCACAGUAAUUGACUGUUAACACAACCAUAAACACGUUUAGCAUCUCCGGGCUUCCACGCAUAGCCUACAAGCCACUGAUGCAGACCUUUGGAAUCCCUAGGCUACAUUAAAAAAAGUAUAAUACAUCUAUUGAAUAUAGCCUACACCAGUGGUCACCAACUGGUCAAUCACGAUCAACUGGUCGAUCUCCAAAGCAUUCCUAGUCGAUCGCCAAACAUUUCUGUAAAAAACCCAACGAUAAGCCUUGCGUUCAAAAAGCCUCGCUGUUGGCGGUAGGUGCACCCGAUUCCACUGCCCUGCGAGCCGGGUAGGCAACGUGUUCCCAUUUUGAACCAUUUCAUAUGUCUGAAGGUACAAACUCUGCCUUUCUGGGGGGAGCAAAUCAAGUGCACUAUAGGCCUACCACUAGCCAAUCAGAUGACUGUAUCUGCAGUAACAUAGCAGGCGUAAAAUAAAGCUUCAGCAAAGUUGAGACUGUGAGAUUUCAAAACUUUUAAAACCAUGACUAGAGAGAGACUGUCAACGAAUACAGGAAAGAGCUGCUUUUUAUAUGAGUGAGUUCAUGUUUAAAAUUUUCAACGGUCACGAGGAAUUUGACUGCGGUUAUGACUACGCACCACCCUCUGGAGAGCCAUGCGGUUGCUGGCGGUGCAGUUGCCAUACCAGGCGGUGAUGCAGACUGACAGAAUGCUCUCGAUGGUGCAUCUGUAGAAGUUUGUUAGGGUCUUAGGGGCCAUGUUGAAUUUCUUUAGCCUCCUGAGGUUGAAGAGGUGCUGUUGCAUCUUCUUCACCAUGGUGUCGGUGUGGUGAGACCAUUUCAGGUCCUUGGUGAUGCGCACGCCAAGGAACUUGAAGCUUUUGACCCUCUCCAUUGCGGCCCCGUCGAUGUGGAUGGGGGCUUGCUCUCUCUGCUGUCUCCUGUAGUCCAUGAUCAGCUCCUUCGUUUUGUUGUGGGAGAGGUUGUCUCGUCAUUGUUAGUGAUCAGGCCUACCACUGUUGUGUCAUCAGCAAACUUGAUGAUAGAGUUGCAGUCGUGCGUAGUCACACAGUCAUGGGUGAACAGGGAGUACAGGAGGGUUGCACAUGGAGGGGUUCAGUCCCAGGGCCCUGAGCUUAAUAUUGAGCUUGGGGCGCACUAUGGUGUUGAAAGCCAAGCUCUAGUCGAUGAACAGCAUCCUCACAUAAGUAUUCCUCUUGUCCAGGUGGGAUAAGGCGAUGUACAGUGCAGUGGCUAUUGCAUCAUCCAUGGAUCUGUUGGGGCAGUAUGUGAAUUGUAGUGGAUAGAGGGUGUCAGGUAAGGUGGAGGUGAUAUGUUCCUUGAUUAGCCUCUCAAAGCACUUCAUGGUGACCGAAGUGAGUGCUACAGGGCAUAGUCAUUUAGCUCAGUUACCUUUGCUUGGGUAUCGGAACAAUGGUGGACAGCUUGAAGCAAGUGGGGACGACAGACUGGGAUAGGGAGAGAUUGCGCAUGAGGACGCAGAUUGGGAUGCUGGCGAAGAAGGUGUUCAGCUUAUCUGUGAGUGAGGCAUCAGUGUCUGUGAAGCGGCUGGUUUUCCCUUUACAGUGCCUUGCAAAAGUAUUCAGCCCCCUUGGCGUUUUUCCUAUUUUGUUGCAUUACAACCUGUAAUUUAAAUGGAUUUUUUUUUUUGAUUUCAUGUAAUGGACAUACACAAAAUAGUCCAAAUUGGUGAAGUGAAAUGAAAAAAAUAACUUGUUUCAAAGAAUUCUAAAAAAUAAAUAACGGAAAAGUGGUGUGUGCAUAUGUAUUCACUCCCUUUGCUAUGAAGCCCCUAAAUAAGAUCUGGUGUAACCAAUUACCUUCAGAAGUCACAUAAUUAGUUAAAUAAAGUCCACCUGUGUGCAAUCUAAGUCUCACAUGAUCUGUCACAUGAUCUCAGUAUAUAUACACCUGUUCUGAAAGGCCCCAGAGUCUGCAACACCACUAAGCAAGGGGCACCACCAAGCAAGCGGCACCAUGAAGACCAAGGAGCUCUCCAAACAGGUCAGGGACAAAGUUGUGGAGAAGUACAGAUCAGGCUUGGGUUAUAAGAAAAUAUCAGAAACUUUGAACAUCCCACGGAGCACCAUUAAAUCCAUUAUUAAAAAAAUAGAACGAAUAUGGCACCACAACAAACCUGCCAAGAGAGGGCCGCCCACCAAAACUCACGGACGCAAGGAGGGCAUUUAUCAGAGAGGCAACAAAGAGACCAAAGAUAACCCUGAAGGAGCUGCAAAGCUCCACAGCGGAGAUUGGAGUAUCUGUCCAUAGGACCACUUUAAGCCGUACACAACAUGAGAUCUUGUUGACAUACUAAGUCGUUCGAAUGAGAUAAUUUCAAGAGUCUACUUUAAAAAAUAUUGCCUUGGCCUUCAGGGCAUCCAUACAUGUGUGUUAAUUUAUGAGUGUGUGUGUGUUCAUUUGUGUGUGCAUUCAUUCAUGUGCGUGUAUGUGUGUGCCUAUGACAAAGGGAGAUCUUCCACCCGUCGGCGGCGAGGGAGCAGGUGUGGCAGCUGGGAGAUUACGGGUGCGGAGGGGAAAGGGCCAAGGCCCAGGUGACAGCCUCCAGUGUGGGGGAGGACAGAGCCAUGCUCCUGGGCUUCACUAUGAUGGCCUUCUCUGUACUCAUGUACUUUCUGGUUGGGAUCACUUUGGUCAAACCCCACCUAAACAGGUAAGGAAGGCCUCUGUCAAUAAGACGUUUAUAUAAGGAGCAAAAUCGCUAUCUGGUGAGUGGACACAGAGAGCUGGUGGUUUUGAACACUUACAAUGAGUUCUAGUUCUAAGAAUCAAUCAUAUGAUUCUAAGAAUCAAAAUAAUCUGGGCUGAAUGUCAUUCGUAGGAGAUGACUGUACUGCAUUGCCCGGUGGAAUUAUGCAUUGCAUCCUUAUGAUCAUCUAAGUGAAGAAUUUGAGUUAUUGAGUAUGCAUUGCAUAAUGCAAGAUAGCAAAUAACGCAAUGAUGUAAGAUAACUUCAGUAACACUUCACUGCAGGUGUCCUUAUGCAUGCAUUCAUAAUGCCUUUAUAACAGCUAUAGAAAGCAUAACAUUUGUCAUAAGCUAUCAUAAAUUGUCGUAACUAGUUAUGAGAAACCCCACAUUAUGUUAUAAAACUAGUUAUAAUUGGUGUUAUAGAUGACUGUUCAUACUGUUGUCAUAUGCUCUAAGGGCAACUUUUAAAAACAACUGCUAUUACAUAGUCUGCAUGACAACUUAUGUCAUAUGUUAUUACAUGCUACAUAAGAGUCUACAUACAAGAUGUUAUAACAAGGUAAUAUUUCAUUUACCAACCUCUGUGUUAUAUUUUACAUUGAAUGGAAUGAUGGGCGUCAUAACCAUGUCAUAUACCCUUAUAGAGUGUGCACAGACACUUUAAGUAAAGUGACAUUCAUUUCAGGUAAUAUAAAACAGUGAUGAAUGUGUUUAUACCACAGGAUGAGUUGAGAGUAUCACAAAACUUAACCAUUGAAAGGAUCUCCAAGAAACAUGGGGUACAGAUGUACUUAUGAUUUGUAUUUAUUUUGACAACGAGACAACCACCAGUAUGACAACAGUAUGAACAGUCAUCUAUGACACCAAUUAUAGCUAGUUUUAUUACAUCAUGUGCAUUCCUCAUAACUAAUUAUGACAACUUAUGACAGCUUAUGACAAAUGUUAUGUGUUAUAUAGCUGUUGUAAAGGCGUUAUGAAUGCAUGCAUAAGGACACCUACAGUGUUACCAUAACUUCUCAUCAGUGGUGGAAAAAGUACUCAAUAGUCAUACUUGAGUAAAAGUAAAGAUACCUUAACAGAAAAUGACUCAAGUAAAAGUGAAAGUCACCCAGUAAAAUACUACUUGAGUAAAAAUCUAAAAGUAUUUGGUUUUAAAUAUACUUAAGUAUCAAAAGUAAAAGUAUAAAUCAUUUCAAAUUCCAUGUAUUAAGCAAACCAGAUAGCACAAUUUUUUGUUUUUAAAAUGUAUGGAUAGCUAGGGGCAAACUCCAACACUCAGACGCCAUUUACAAAAUAAGUUUGUGUUUAGUGGGUCCACCAGAUCAGAGGCAGUAGGGAUAACUAGGUAUGUUCUCUUGAUAAGUGUGUGAAUUGGACCAUUUUCCUGUCCUGCUAAUCAUUCGAAAUUUAAGUAAAAAGUACAGUGAGGGAAAAAAGUAUUUGAUCCCCUGCUGAUUUUGUACAUUUGCCCACUGACAAAGAAAUGAUCAGUCAGAUGAAACGCAUGUCAAAAAUGUUAUAAAUUGAUUUGCAUUUUAAUGAGGGAAAUAUGUAUUUGACCCCUCUGCAAAACAUGACUUAGUACUUGGUGGCACAACCCUUGUUGGCAAUCACAGAGGUCAGACGUUUCUUGUAGUUGGCCACCAGGUUUGCACACAUUUUAGGAGGGAUUUUGUCCCACUCCUCUUUGCAGAUCUUCUCCAAGUCAUUAAGGUUUCGAGGCUGACGUUUGGCAACUUGAACCUUCAGCUCCCUCCACAGAUUUUAUAUGGGAUUAAGGUCUGGAGACUGGCUAGGCCACUCCAGGACCUUAAUGUGCUUCUUCUUGAGCCACUCCUUUGUUGCCUUGGCCAUGUGUUUUGGGUCAUUGUCACGCUGGAAUACCCAUCCACGACCCAUUUUCAAUGCCCUGGCUGAGGGAAGGAGGUUCUCACCCAAGAUUUGACGGUACAUGGCCCUGUCCAUCGUCCCUUUGAUGCGGUGAAGUCGUCCUGUUCCCUUAGCAUAAAAACAUCCCCAAAGCAUAAUGUUUACACCUCCAUGUUUGACGGUGGGGAUGGUGUUCUUGGGGUCAUAGGCAGCUUCCUCCUCCUCCAAACACGGCGAGUUGAGUUGAUGCCAAAGAGCUCGAUUUUGGUCUCAUCUGACCAUAACACUUUCACCCAGUUCUCCUCUGAAUCAUUCAGAUGUUUAUUGGCAAACUUCAGAUGGGCAUGUACAGUGGGGGAAAAAAGUAUUUAGUCAGCCACCAAUUGUGCAAGUUCUCCCACUUAAAAAGAUGAGAGAGGCCUGUAAUUUUCAUCAUAGGUACAUGUCAACUAUGACAGACAAAAUGAGGAAAAAUCACAUUGUAAGAUUUUUAAUGAAUUUAUUUGCAAAUUAUGGUGGAAAAUAAGUAUUUGGUCAAUAACAAAAGUUUCUCAAUACUUUGUUAUAUACCCUUUGUUGGCAAUGACACAGGUCAAACGUUUCCUGUAAGUCUUCACAAGGUUUUCACACACUGUUGCUGGUAUUUUGGCCCAUUCCUCCAUGCAGAUCUCCUCUAGAGCAGUGAUGUUUUGGGGCUGUCGCUGGGCAAUACGGACUUUCAACUCCCUCCAAAGAUUUUCUAUGGGGUUGAGAUCUGGAGACUGGCUAGGCCACUCCAGGACCUUGAAAUGCUUCUUACGAAGCCACUCCUUCGUUGCCCGGGCGGUGUGUUUGGGAUCAUUGUCAUGCUGAAAGACCCAGCCACGUUUCAUCUUCAAUGCCCUUGCUGAUGGAAGGAGGCUUUCACUCAAAAUCUCACGAUACAUGGCCCCAUUCAUUCUUUCCUUUACACGGAUCAGUCGUCCUGGUCCCUUUGCAGAAAAACAGCCCCAAAGCAUGAUGUUUCCACCCCCAUGCUUCACAGUAGGUAUGGUGUUCUUUGGAUGCAACUCAGCAUUCUUUGUCCUCCAAACACGACGAGAUGAGUUUUUACCACAAAGUUCUAUUUUGGUUUCAUCUGACCAUAUGACAUUCUCCCAAUCCUCUUCUGGAUCAUCCAAAUGCACUCUAGCAAACUUCAGACGGGCCUGGACAUGUACAUGUACUUAAGCAGGGGGACACGUCUGGCACUGCAGGAUUUGAGUCCCUGGCGGCGUAGUGUGUUACUGAUGGUAGGCUUUGUUACUUUGGUCCCAGCUCUCUGCAGGUCAUUCACUAGGUCCCCCCGUGUGGUUCUGGGAUUUUUGCUCACCGUUCUUGUGAUCAUUUUGACCCCACGGGGUGAGAUCUUGCGUGGAGCCCCAGAUCGAGGGAGAUUUUUAGUGGUCUUGUAUGUCUUCCAUUUCCUAAUAAUUGCUCCCACAGUUGAUUUCUUCAAACCAAGCUGCUUACCUAUUGCAGAUUCAGUCUUCCCAGCCUGGUGCAGGUCUACAAUUUUGUUUCUGGUGUCCUUUGACAGCUCUUUGGUCUUGGCCAUAGUGGAGUUUGGAGUGUGACUGUUUGAGGUUGUGGACAGGUGUCUUUUAUACUGAUAACAAGUUCAAACAGGUGCCAUUAAUACAGGUAACGAGCGGAGGACAGAGGAGCCUCUUAAAGAAGAAGUUACAGGUCUGUGAGAGCCAGAAAUCUUGCUUGUUUGUAGGUGACCAAAUACUUAUUUUCCACCAUAAUUUGCAAAUAAAUUCAUAAAAAAUCCUACAAUGUGAUUUUCUGGAGAAAAAAAAAUCUCAAUUUGUCUGUCAUAGUUGACGUGUACCUAUGAUGAAAAUUACAGGCCUCUCUCAUCUUUUUAAGUGGGAGAACUUGCACAAUUGGUGGCUGACUAAAUACUUUUUUCCCUCACUGUAUAUGUGCUUUCUUGAGCAGGGGGACCUUGCGGGCGCUGCAGAAUUUCAGUCCUUCACGGCGUUAUGUGUUACCAAUUGUUUUCUUGGUGACUAUGGUCCCAGCUGCCUUGAGAUCAUUGACAAGAUCCUCCCGUGUAGUUCUGGGCUGAUUCCUCACCGUUCUCAUGAUCAUUGCAACUCCACGAGGUGAGAUCUUGCAUGGAGCCCCAGGCCGAGGGAGAUUGACAGUACUUUUGUGUUUCUUCCAUUUGCGAAUAAUCACACCAACUGUUGUCACCUUCUCACUAAGCUGCUUGGCAAUGGUCUUGUAGCCCAUUCCAGCCUUGUGUAGGUCUACAAUCUUGUCCCUGACAUCCUUGGAGAGCUCUUUGGUCUUGGCCAUGGUGGAGAGUUUGGAAUCUGAUUGAUUGAUUGCUUCUGUGGGCAGGUGUCUUUAUACAUUUACAUUUACAUUUAUAUUUACGUCAUUUAGCAGACGCUCUUAUCCAGAGCGACUUACAAAUUGGUGCAUUCACCUUAUGAUAGCCAGUGGGACAACCACUUUACCAAUUUUUUUUUUUUUUUUUUUUUUUUUUAUGUUUUUUUGUUAUCUUUUUUAUAGUUCUUCAUUUUUGAAAUGUUUUAUUUUAUUUUUUAGAGUAUGUUUUUAAUUUUCAUUUGUUUUAUAUAUAUAUUGUUGUUGUUUUUUUAUUUAUUUUUAUUUAUUUUUUAUAUGUGUAUUUUUUUUAUUAUUAUAAUUAUAAUUAUAAUUAUUACAUCAUUUUUUUAAAUGUAUUUUUUAGUUUUUGUUUAUACAGGUAACAAACUGAGAUUAGGAGCAUUCCCUUUAAGAGUGUGCUCCUAAUCUCAGCUCGUUACCUGUAUAAAAGACACCUGGGAGCCAGAAAUCUUUCUGAUUGAGAGGGGGUCAAAUACUUAUUUCCCUCAUUAAAAUGCAAAUCAAUUUAUAACAUUUUUGACAUGUGUUUUUCUGGAUUUUUUUUUGUGUUAUUCUGUCUCUCACUGUUCAAAUAAACCUACCAUUAAAAUUAUAGACUGAUCAAUUCUUUGUCAGUGGGUAAACGUACAAAAUCAGCAGGGGAUCAAAUAUUAUUUUCCCCUCACUGUACAUAAUUUUCUAUCGGAAUGUAGUGACGUAAAAGUAAAAGUUGUAAAAAAUAUAAAUAGUAAAGUAAAGAACUCAUAAAAAACUACUUAAGUAGUACUUUCAAGUAUUUUUACUUAAGUACUUUACACAACUGCUUCUCAUCAACUCCUAUUCAUGCUGGUGGUUUCAGUGACUGGCAUGAGGAGGCCAGCUGCUUGCUGGUCCAGGUUGAUGUUCUGGAUGAGUGGGCCGACUGCAGAGGGGUCAGCACUGCCCCAUGCUUGAAGGUUCUGGUCAACCUCAGUACCUCUGGACAGAAGGCUCGCCUACACUAUGAUGAAGAGUCUGUACUCCUCAACCCUGAGGUAGAAUAAAGGCCACCAGUGACUGAAUGUCGCUCAUUUUAGUAAUUUGCUUCACAGUCAUUUAGGAGAAGCUUCCAUCUGGAGUGACUGGUGUCUAGCGAACUAGUUUAUGUGCAUUAGUCAUGCGUGCAAGUUAUGAUAUAUAUCAGACUCAGAUAAUAUUAACAAAAUAUGUAUACUAUUUUCCCUUAUCAUUGCAGUGUUUCUACAUACCCAAAUGUCAAGUAGACAGGAAAGUCCUUGUGGACGAAGUGCAGAAAAUCCUAAACACUUUGGAGGAGAUACAAGGCAGUGCGUUGCGUUGUCUGUCCGACCCCAGAAAAUAUCCAAAGGACACCAUUUUGAAGAGGAAGUACACGUUAGACCUAGUCCUGUGGUCUCUGCUGUGGCCCAGCUUGAUGCUGGGCGUGGGAGCUCUACUGGUUGGCCUGGUGAAGCUCAACCAGAGACUGGCACACCUCUGUACGGAGCUGGGUAAUGAGGCAGCAGAGGGUAGGCUGACAACGAUGACGAAUACCCAGGGCAAACUCUAUCAGCUCCUUAGGUGGUCUGGACAGAACUCGCCUAUGCAGGAGGACUCAGUGAAGUGAAAGCAUGUGUUUGAUACCAUUCCACUCCAGCCAUUACCACUAGCCUGUUCUCCCCAAUUAAGGUGCCACCAACCUCCUGUGCUGAAUAAGCUGACCUGAAGGGACCGUUUACCUGGUCAGGUACUCUCAUCCACUAGCCACAUUUCUCUGUCGAUAUAUGGGGUAGCUAUUAGCCUGGGGACGAGGUUAGAUAUUACUGACAAUUAA